AUGGAGACAACGACUUACACUCGCAGCAAAACCACCGAUUUUUUCUACAAGAUCAACUUCGUGAUCUACUUAUUCGGCUUGCCUAACUUCUGGAUAGAAGAUCUAAAGUUAUCCAAAACAUUUGUCAAAAUCUACGACAAGUUUUCAGCUUUCAGCAAUGGCUUGAUAUACCUAAUGAUACUUUCUGAGAUCGGGUCAUUCUUCACGCAAACCAAUUUAACUGAGAAACAGAUGUCUAAUCUGUUGGUUUUCGCGAUCUCUCAUCCGAUGCUUUGUUCAUUUAGUGUUAUGAUGUCGAGACUCAAGAAGAAAAUAAGGCUGGUGAUGUACAGCCUAGCUGUGAGCCUGAAGAGAGAGUACAAUGACCCCGAAGUGGAGAAGCACAUGAUAGCUCACUCACUCACUUACGUGUCAGGCUUGUCUGUAAGCUAUGUGAUGACGAUGAUCAUGUUUGCGGUAAACGCAUUCUGGGACAUGAUGCAAAACGGCUCAACAUUCACCACUAUAGUGACUGCUUAUCCACUCGUUGACGACCGUUCUGGGCUGGCUGACUUAGCGAGAGCCUUUUUCUUUGUAACCUGGUGGAUCUUCGUCACUAGAUUUUUAGCGGUAUACAUGCUAGUCAUACCUCUGACUACCAGCCUUGGCUAUCAGUUCAAGAACCUGCAAAGCUAUUUCAGCAGCCUCGCUGAUAUAUUUGAUCGCAAAGAGUUGAGCCAAGCAGAGAAAGAAGAAAAAUAUGAGGCAGGUUUUAAAGUUGGAAUUAAAGUUCAUACGGAGACUUUGAGGUGUGUUAAGGAUACGCAAGAUGUGUGUCGAGGAGUGUUCAGCGGGCAGAUCAUCUUCAACAUCGUGUUAUUGAUCAUUUUGAUGGCGCGGAUGGUCACUUCGGAGCGCACGCUGGUGAACAUAUUCGUCACCGUGAUCACUAUAGGCGCCGUGCUCGUCAGCACUGGCCUCUACAUGUGGAACGCUGGUGACGUCACCGUCGAAGCUUCUCGUCUGCCAACUUCGAUAUAUUUCUCAGGCUGGUAUAAUUGCAGAGGGCAGUCUUUGGUGCGUCUGCGCAAUCUUAUUGUUAUAACUAUGGCCAGUGCCCAGCGACCGGUGGUGCUUAAAGGUCUUGGAUACAUAGACCUUUCGUAUCAGUCCUACAUAACGGCGACAACUUACAACAAAUUCGAAAUGGACAACUUUACAGGCUAUUAUAAAUCUUCUAACACAACAGAGUUUCUGAUCAAUCUAAACAAAUUCGGUUUUAUAUUCGGCUUGCCCAACUUCUGGAUAGAAGAGCUAGACUUCUCAGAUACGUUCCGCAAAAUAAUUGGUCGGUUGAACAAAUAUGGUAACUGGCUCGUUUUUGUUCUUAUCUUAGCGGAAUAUGGUGCGUAUUUCACGCAGAAAAAUUUGGACGAGCGUCAGACCUCCGAUUUAAUUCUAUUCAUAAUUUCUCAUACCAUCAUUACUGGGUUUCGUGUAAGGAUUUCUCACCAAGAAGUCCAGAUAAGAAACGUUAUGUAUAAACUGGGGAUUGCUCUGAAAGAAGUAUAUAAUGACAGCGAAGCAGAAGACCAAAUGAUCAAGAGAUCGAAGUUCUUCUCCUAUGCUCUAGUCUUAAACUGCAUCAUGUCAGUCUUAAUGUACACCGUGGCAGCUGUUAUGAGGGUCAUACGAGCAGGGCUGACGUUUACCACAGUAAUUACCGUCUAUCCCACCGUUGAAGAUAGAUCCGUUUGGAGCGACGUCGUCAGAGCAGUGUUCUAUAUAAUCUGGUGCAUCUACUUGACACGCGUCUUCGCAGUAUACACCCUGGUGAUCUGCUUGACCAUUGCCAUGAGCCACCAGUUCAAGAACAUUACGAGCUACUUCUAUAGCCUCAGCAAUAUUUUCGAAGACGGGCAAAUGACGCAAACGGAGAAGGAACAGGAGUACGAGAGAUCCUUCCGAGCUGGCAUCAGAAUACAUUCAGAGACUUUGAAUUGUACCGGAGAUAUACAAAGGAUAUGUCGGGACGUGUUCAGCGGUCAGAUAAUAUUUAACCUAACUUUGCUGAUCGUGUUGAUGAUGCAGAUGGUGAAUUCGCCGCGAAAUUUGACAAACGCGUUAACGCUAGUGAUAGCAGGGUUGACUAUUCUACUCAGCACGGGAUUCUUCAUGUGGAAUGCUGGUGAUAUUACCGUUGAGGCGCAGUUACUGCCCACAGCGAUGUUCAGUUCAGGCUGGGAGAACUGCGGACGCGACAGCUCGGUGCGCGUCCGGAAACUGAUCGUCAUUGCUAUGAUGCAGGCACAGGAGCCAGUGGUUCUCACGGGUCUUGGUAUUAUAGCACUGUCCUACCAAUCUUACGUGUCUAUAGUGAAGUCAUCUUAUUCUGUAUUCUCCGUGCUGUAUUAAAUUAAUAUGAUUUUGAUUUUGUUAACCAUUCGUUUCAUAAUGAUACCUUGAUAAUUCCACUACUCCCACAAUACAGUGAGCUGCCUCCCAGAUAGAACCAGCUUAGUUUGCAUGGUUAACAAUUGCUAAUAAGCACAAAAGAAAAACAAUUGGACCGUAGGAAAAAC